AUGAAGAACGUGUGCCGGUUUUGUAUGGACGAGACAGCCACUCUGGUGAAUAUCUUCACCGAUGUCCGCGAUCCGACUCUCGACAAGCCGGAGAUGAACCUCUCAGACAUUCUGGUCCAGUGCACCAAUCGCCCAGUGGAACGCGGGGACCUCCUGCCGCAGUUCAUCUGCCUGUCCUGCGUCCUGGCCGCCCAAAACGCCUUUCGGUUCAAGUGGAUGAGCGAGCGGAGCUACCAGCACUACUGCCAAGUCCUCAAACAGCCAUUCCCGGCGGAAAACAUGAUGGAAAGUGGUCCUCAUCAGGAGCAAAAACUGGGAGCGCAGCUUCGAACGAACUCUUAUAAGUAUCAGGACCUCCAUCAGAAGCCGAUCCAAGGAGAUCGGCGUAAUCAUCAAGAGCAGAAACUGGAAACGCAGACUGAUCAGAACCAAGCAGAUGUUCCAGCCGAAUUUAAUUCAAUUCCAGAUCUUCGCAAGAGGCCUAUUGCAGGGAGGGCCAAAAUGAUGCAGCGACGAGUGCGUUCCGAUGCCAAUGGCAACUACAAGUGCCCGCACUGCCCCAAGAUGUUCUCCUCUCAAACUCAGUUGAGGGCUCAUAUCAGUAAGAUGUGCCACAGGUGCCCCUACUGCCCAAGGUCGUGCACUAACAAGUACAACCUGCGGCGACAUCUGCUGACCCACAUAAGCAAGCCAACGCACAAGUGCCCUCACUGCCCAAAGGCCUUCGUGCGGAAGGAUUACCUCAAGAGACACCUUCGCAGCCACGACAACGAUGGUCCGCUCUCCUGCAGCGAGUGCUCGGCCGUGUUCAGCGAGGGCCUCCAGCUGAUACUUCAUCGGAGGGAGCACCUACCGGAGCACUUACUGGGAUCGUUCGAAUCCGAUUCCACAAAGGACCUCGACCUCGACUCGGAGGUGAGCGAUCAGGAGGAGGAUAUGAAACCGCAGGUCAAUGGCAGGUCAAAGGGUCAAUCUUUGCCUAAAACAACGGGCGAUACGUUUUUCGACAAAGAGAAUUUGAGUAUUCAUAAUGUGCUUGGACCCAAGCUGCUGCGCAAGUGGAAUUUUCUAAAACCAGAUGUUUCUUUUCAAAGUACGACAAGCGAAGAAGCUGACCCUAAAAAUAACGAUAUGAACUUUCCAACCAACAGCAAACCGAAGUGCCAUGUUUGCUUCAAGGACUUUUUUAGUAAUUCCAACCUGAGGCGACAUAUGCUCAUCCACAAUCGAGGUUUGGACCCAGUAAAAUGCUCUUACUGUAGCAAGGAAUUCCGCACAGAGGCUCAUCUCAAGAGGCAUGAACGUGGUCACUCGGGAGAUCUGUUUCGCUGCGAGUUCUGCUGUUUGGUGUUCGUGGAUGUGGAAUAUUUGCGAAAGCACAAAAAACGUAUUCACAGCAACACCUUGGCAUCAAUCCAAGGGAAGAUAAUGUCCAAGAGGAUGGCCAUCCCGGCGACCAUAUAACUAGCAGAACACUUUUUAUACCCACUGUUAUAAUAUCCAAUUUCUUUGCUGACUGAAAACCUAAUCAUUUGUUAUUCGGUACUAAAA